UAAAAACGGCAGCCAACUUCCGAGGCGGCCUCAUUGCCCAGCUGCCCCCAGCCCGUGACAGGUUCCAUCCAUCCUCCUUGUCCCCGCUCCCUGCGACCCUCUUUAAGAGGCGACUAGAUUCCUCGGUUCCAUCCCGCACACCAUGGACAAGUUUUGGUGGCAAGCAGCAUGGGGACUCUGCCUCUUGUCACUGAGCCUGGCGCAGCCACAGAUUGAUUUGAACAUAACCUGCCGCUACGCAGGUGUAUUCCAUGUGGAGAAAAAUGGCCGCUACAGUAUCUCACGGACUGAGGCAGCUGACCUCUGCCAAGCUUUCAACAGCACUCUGCCCACCAUGGACCAGAUGGUGAAGGCCCUGAGCAAGGGGUUUGAAACUUGCAGGUAUGGGUUCAUAGAAGGCCAUGUGGUGAUCCCGAGGAUCCACCCCAAUGCCAUCUGUGCAGCCAACAACACCGGGGUGUAUAUUCUCACAUCCAACACCUCCCACUACGACACAUAUUGCUUCAACGCCUCAGCACCCCUGGAAGAAGACUGUACAUCUGUCACAGACCUGCCCAAUUCCUUCGAAGGACCCGUUACCAUAACUAUUGUCAAUCGUGAUGGUACCCGUUACAGCAAGACAGGCGAGUACAGAACACACCAAGCAGACAUCGAUGCCUCAAAUACCAUCGAUGAUGAUGUCAGUAGUGGAUCCUCCAGUGAGAAGACCACCUCAGAGGGCUACGUUUUCCACACCUACCUUCCCACUAUACACUCAACUGGAGACCAGGAUGGUCCCUACUUCAUCAGGAGCACCCCGGCCACCAUUGCCUCAACUGUGCACUCAAACAGCCAUGCAGCAACUCAGAAACAAAAUAAUUGGAUAUGGUUUUGGUUUGGUAAUUCACAAUCCACGACUCAGACUCAGGAGCCUACAACGACAGCAACUACAGCCUUGAUGACCACCCCUGAAACACCGCCCACGAGGCAAGAAGCCCAGAACUGGUUUUCAUGGUUUUUUCAAACAUCAGAACCCAAGAGUCAUCUUCAUACAACAACGAAGAUGCCUGGUACGGAGUCAAAUACCAAUCCAACAGGCUGGGAGCCAAAUGAGGAAAAUGAAGAUGAAACAGACAAAUUCCCCAGUUUUUCUGGAUCAGGCAUUGAUGAUGAUGAAGAUUUUAUCUCCAGCACCAUUUCAUCCACCCCACGGGUUUCUGACCACACAAAACCAAACCAAGACUGGAUCCAGUGGAAGCCAAGCCAUUCAAACCCAGAAGUACUACCUCAGACAACCACCAAGAUGACUGAUGUAGACAGAAACAGCACUAUUGUUCAUGGAGAAAAUUCGACCCAGGAACCACAGCCUCCUUUCAAUCACCAUGAGUAUCAGGAUGAAGAGGAGACCCCACAUGCUACAAGUACAACCUGGGCAGCUCCUAGUAGUACAGCAGAAGAAGCAGCUACCCAGCAGGAACAGUUUGAGAAUGGAUGGCAGGGGAAGUACUCCCCCACACCAACUGAAGACUCCCAUGUAACAUCAGGGGCAACUGCCCACAACAACCAUCCGAGUCAAAGAAUGACAACACAGAGUCAAGAGAAUGUCUCCUGGACUGAGUUCCUCAACCCAAUCUCACAUCCAAUGGGACAAGGUCAUCAAACAGAAAGGAAGGAUACGGACCUCAGUCAUAGUACAACCCUUCAGCCUACUGCAGCUCCAAAUACCCAUUUGGUGGAAGACUUGGACAGGACAGAACCACUUUCAGUGACAACUCCACAGAGUCAUUCUCAGAACUUCUUUACAUCACAUGGAGAACUGGAAGAAGACAGAGACCACCUGACAACUUCUAUUCUGCCAUCUAGCACUAGGAGUGGAAGAAGAGGUACAAGCCUUCCCAAAGACACAACUACUUCUCUGGAAGGCUACACCCCUCAUUACCCAGACCCAAUGGAGAAUGGGACUCUCACCCCAGUGACUCCUGCUAAGACUGGGGUCUUUGGAGAAACUGAAGUGACUGUUGCUGCAGACUCCAACUUUAAUGUUGAUGGCUCCUUACCAGGAGACCAAGACUCAUCCAUGGACCCCAGUGGGGAUUACCACACUGUAACCAAUGGAUCCGAAUUAGCUGGACACUCAAGCGGGAGUCAAGACGGUGGGUUGAGCACAACUUCUCCUCCUGAGAGGAAACCUCAGAUUCCAGAAUGGCUCAUCAUCUUGGCAUCACUUCUGGCGCUGGCUCUGAUUCUUGCUGUUUGCAUUGCUGUCAAUAGUAGGAGAAGGUGUGGGCAGAAGAAAAAGCUGGUGAUCAACAGCGGCAAUGGAAAGGUAGAAGACAGGAAACCAAGUGAGCUCAAUGGGGAGGCCAGCAAAUCUCAGGAAAUGGUGCACCUGGUGAACAAGGAACCAUCAGAGACUCCAGACCAGUUUAUGACAGCUGAUGAGACACGGAACCUGCAGAAUGUGGACAUGAAGAUUGGGGUGUAGGCCUACACCAGUAACUUGGAAAGACACCAAAAUCACAGACAUGUCAAUAUUGGGAGCUGGGACCCUUAACAGAUGCAAUGUGCUACUGAUUAUUUUUAUUGGGGGUAGUUUCUGCACAAAAUUUUCUAUUUCUUUUACAUUUUGUUAAAAGUCCAUUCCAAUUUAUGAAAACAGCAUUGCUUUCUGAAAUGAGGGCCCAAAGAAUACUCCAUUAAGAAUUUAACUCUUCCAGCUCCUUCUUAGAGGUCUUGCAUUCCCAAGCAAUGCUAUGGAUGGCUUCUAUCAAAUGCAUAUUCUUGGUCCCUAUUGAACCUUUUCCCUAACCUAAGUCCCAGGUAACUGCCACCAGCCAGGGACUUACCCCAGGGCUUAGCGGGAUUGGUGUCUGGGAGGAAAUUUGAAUGGGUCCAUAUUGCCUCUCCAGCAAUCCAGUCCUUGGGCAUUGCUUUCCAGCACGGUGGGAGAUCAGGUGUACUGGUUACAUACCUUUUUUUAUAAACUCUCCUCUCUGCUGGAAAAUUUUCAGAUGCUUCUGAGAGAUCCCCAAAUGGGUGACGCUAUUUAUCUGUAGUAAGCUAUUUAUCUUUGUUUUUGAAAUAUCAAACCCUGGAGGUCCUUUGUUCAGUAUGAUUUUUUUUUUAGGUUACUUUGUCAGAAGCAUACCAGGUUAUAAGUUGAUGCAUAAUAAACACCUGUCCAUCUUCCAUCUUGA